UCAGAGGGGUCGAAUCACUGAUAAAUAGAAAAUUACAACUGUGACAGCGGUCGCACCAUAAUAAGAGUACAACUGUACAUUUUCGGUGGUAAAAUUAAUCCGAAAUGGCUGUGGUGAGAAGGGCAUCGCAUGCUGGUAGCUGGUAUACGGAUUCGGGUAGUGAACUGAAUAAGCAGUUGGGUAUCUGGUUAAAUGCAGCAGAUUUAACACAUGGACCAGCAAGAGCCAUUAUAGCCCCCCAUGCAGGCUACACCUAUUGCGGAGCAUGUGCUGGAUUCGCUUAUCGCCAAGUCAGUCCAGUUGUUGUUCGCAGGAUAUUCAUUUUAGGACCUUCUCAUCAUGUGCGUUUGGCAGGAUGUGCGCUGUCUUCAGCAUCUGUUUACCGAACACCAUUGUAUGAUCUACACAUAGAUCAACAAGUUUACAGGGAACUAGAGGAAACAAAUCAGUUUGAAUGGAUGGAUAUGAAUACUGAUGAGGAUGAGCAUAGCAUUGAGAUGCAUCUACCGUAUAUUGCCAAGAUUAUGGAGGACUUUAAGGACUCCUUCACCAUAGUUCCAAUUCUGGUUGGAUCUCUGAGCCCUGAUAGAGAGGCUGCUUAUGGAAAUCUAUUAGCUCCGUAUUUGGCAGAUCCUCAAAGUUUAUUUGUUAUUUCUUCUGAUUUCUGCCAUUGGGGUCAGCGCUUCCGUUAUACCUAUUAUGAUCGAUCGUGUGGCCCGAUACAUAGAUCUAUUCAAAAUUUAGACAAAAUGGGCAUGGACAUCAUUGAAACUCUCAACCCGCCAGCUUUUACGGAGUAUCUUAAAAAGUAUGGAAAUACUAUAUGUGGAAGACAUCCGAUUGGCGUUCUUCUGCAGGCUAUUAGCAGUUUGAGGAGUAACACUAAUGGACAAAAGAUGAAUUUGAAGUUCCUGAAAUAUGCUCAGAGCAGUCAAUGUAACAAUAUGAGUGAUAGUUCUGUUAGUUAUGCCAGUGCCGCCUUGGUGCUCGAAUGAUAUAGCACCUUAUAUUAAAUUGCAGUACAACGCACAUACAUUAAAUUUUUUAAGUAUCUGCCUCCUACUGGCAGUAUCUACGGUAAUAUUACAGUGAAGAUAUUUUAUGAAAAAAUCAGAUUUCAAUGUUGUAAAUUACGUAGAAUAUAAUUGACUGAAAAGUGGAAAAUAUUUGCAAUUUUUUAAGCCAGGAAUAACGAAAAUCUCAUGGAAUAUAUAUUUUUCAAAUAAGUUUGGAAUAAUUUAGUUUCCAAAUAAAACGUAGAACUUAUAAAAGAAGAAUAAGUAUAUAAAGCAAAUUCCGCGAAAACGUUAAUUCAACUUUGAAGUUUUUUUUUUUUUUUUUUUUUUUUUUAAAUUUACAAUUAAAGAAACAUGGUCAUAGUUCACUUACUCCAUUAAACAAUACAUUGUUUAAUCCUCGAGUUCAUGAAUUCAUCGUUAUUUCUACGUAAGAUUUUCUAUUCUGAAUGGUAAUAUUUCCAUUCUGUAACAUUAUUAUAGAAAUCGAAGUUCUUCACGAGUCGUGCAAAUUCUAAGUCUGGUCUACUACUUACAGAUUUUAUUACUUUGAAUUUUUUAUUCGCUAAGUUUAUUUUAUCAAUUAAUACAUGCUGACAGUGCUUAACUUUGUUUCUAUCACAGCGCCAAUGAUUCCUAACGUUGGUAUAGAUCACAUAUGCAAUAUCUUGACAAAUCUCACUGUUGCUACCCAAUUCUGACAUGAAUCACUUGCGGUAUGCAAACGCCACGAUAUUCGUUGCAUUUUGUACUAAGUCAUCGAAGCAGUUUGCAAUUUGUGUUGUUGGUUUUCGUUUUUUACUCUGCGAGAUGAUGCCAAUAAAAUUAAUUGUAAACCAGUCUUCUAUCAAGAUUUUUGAAAAAAUAAACUCUUAAAGCUAGUAAA